AUGUCUGACCCGGUACCCUGCGACGCGAAAUGUCAGCAUAUACCAGCGACACCAGUGAACCCGUCGAGACGACUUUCGCAAAUUUCACUGUCCAUGGCUAGUGUGACGAUGGAUCCGUCAAUAAUUCCGCCACAGAUGGAGACCGAAAACAGCUGCAGGUGUUCGAUGGAGGCCUUGCAAAUCUUGGAGGAGCUUCGUAGCGUUCACACGGUUGUGGAAUUGGAGACCAUCCUGGACUUGGUUCAGCGUGUGUAUGGACAAGGCCAGGCUAUGCUCAACUGCCAGGACUGUCGCAUAAGCCCUCCUCAAUCGUCGUCCCUCUUAACUAUUCCCGCACUGGCUGAACAAUGUCUUUCCUUAUUUGAGGCUGUUUGUUCAGCAUACAGCAUCACCUGCAAGAACUGCCUCUUCGACCCUAAUAUCCUCGCGUUUGAGCAACCCUUACCCCAAUUUAUCUGCAUUCGAAGCAAGGUACAGCUGGGAGAGACAGAGCUGGACGAGGCCGAGACCGGCAUGUUAGUUCGAACGCUUCUGAAUCGCAAUUCAGCGAGGCUGUUCGGGUUGUUAGAAACUCUUCAGGGUGCGCUUCGCGUGCUAUCCACGGAUGCCAGCCAGAGCCACCGAGCUGGGACGGCAACGCUCCGGGCAUAUGAGUCGUCCGUCCAGUCAACCAUGCACCGGUUCAGAACAUUCAUGGAGCAGAUGCAGGUCGAACAAGGUACAUAA